AUGGCUCCCGACAGGACUGGGAAGAGCGUUUUUCUAGGGAAUAUUCCCUACAACCUCACUGAGGAGCAAGUCAAAGACAUUCUUAGUACAGCCGGCACUGUCACUAAGUUUCGAUUGAUGAUGAACCCGGAGACUGGCAAGCCCAAGGGCUAUGGAUUCGCCGAUUUUGCAGACGCCGAUGCCGCUGCCUCGGCAGUGCGCAACCUCAACGAUCACGAGGUCAUGGGUCGUAAGAUUCGCGUCGAUUGGCCUCACAACAACGAGAAAGAUUCGAUACCCCCAGACUAUUCGCAGCAGUCGCAACCGAUGAUGAACCAAGAUCCCCCACAGCAGCAACAGAUCCCAGGCUCAGCACCGCUGCCACCUCUCCCGCCGGGCGUGGAAUUGCCGCCGCAUAUCGACUGUCCUAGCGCCAUCUCCCACACACUCGCAUCUCUCCCACCAAAUCAGCUUUUGGACGUUUUAACACAAAUGAAAUCUCUUGCGGUUGCCGACCCAGCCCGGGCCACUGAACUGCUGCGCCAGGCACCCCAGCUUGCUUACGCCAUCUUUCAAGCUUUACUCCUCAUGAACCUGGUCGAAUACCAGCUACUUGGCUCCAUUGUGGAACAGGCUGCUCAACCUCCACAAGUCCCUCAACAGCAACAACAGCCCCAGCAGUUCCAGCCAUACGGCGUACCCGGCCAAAUCUCUACGCCACCAGUCACUGGCACACCAUUUGCCCCUCCUCCUGCUCAACCUGCUGCGCCUGUCCAUGGCCAAGAGGAGCUGCUCCAGCAGGUGAUGAGUAUGCCUCAAGCUGCCAUUGAUGCUCUUCCACCCAUGGAAAGGGGCCAAAUUAUGAUGUUGCGCCAGCAACUUAUGCAAAGUGGAAUGCGUUAG